GGUAAAAAACGCAAAUAAAAAAUGUGCUUUGUUGAUUUUGGUACUGACUGCUGAUCGCUAGUAUUUGUCGUUGUCAUUGUCAUUAAUUCAUAACAGUGCAUUAUUUAUUUUGGUUAUUUAGAUCAUUUCCUUAAUUUGAAGUUUUCGCAUAAAUUAAGAAAUGGAUGAUGAUGUGUUGACGACUCUAAAAAUAUUGAUUAUUGGUGAAACGAAUGUUGGAAAGUCAAGUCUGCUACUGCGAUUCACAGACGACAGUUUUGAUCCUGCCCAGUCGCCAACGAUUGGUGUCGAUUUCAAAACGAAAAUACUCACUACAGAUGGUAACACCGUUAAACUUGCGAUUUGGGACACGGCGGGGCAGGAGAGGUUCCGCACGCUGACGCCCAGCUACUACCGCGGGGCGCAGGGGGCCAUCCUGGUGUACGACGUGACGCGCAAGCCCACCUUCACCAAGCUGGAGACGUGGCUGGAGGAGCUGGACACCUACUCCACCAAGAGCAACAUCGUCAAGAUGGUGGUCGGCAACAAGAUCGACAAGGAGGACCGGCAGGUGAGCCGCGAGGAGGGGAUCCAGUUCGCGCGGCGGCACCAGACGCUGUUCAUCGAGGCGAGCGCCAAGACGAAGGACGGAGUGCAGUGUGCCUUCGAGGAGCUUGUGCAGAAGGUGAUCCAGACGCCUGGUCUCUGGGAGACAAUGACUGGUGGGGACACACUCGCCGUAUCGGGAGAGCAGAUGUCGGCCGUGCCCGGGUGCGGGGGCUGGAAGUGCAGUCUCGUGUAGUUUGGACCCCGCCUUGUGUAGCGUGGUGCCCCACGCCUCGCAAGAACGCCCGUCGACCUGGCAGCGACACUUCCAGCUUAUUUGUUCUUCCUUCUCUCGCCUCGAUAGUUUUGCCGCCUUAGUUCGCCUGCCUCUGAAAUGUUUCAGUUUCCGCACGCUUGUCGGAGGGUAGAACACAAACGCUGAGCCUCGUAGUUGAACGACUGACGAUAACCCAGCAUUUAUAUUGGCAGUCUGUCAUUCACGGGAUUGGAACGUUGAGUUUAAGAAUUUUUUUUUUACACGUCUUUAUUUUUUUUUUGGAAGUGUGCUAGAUUGUGCGUUAGCUUGUAAUAUUUGUUGUUGUGUCAAUAUAAACUUGUGGAUCGUUAACCAGUGUGAAUAGUGCGAUAUAUGGUAAUGUUGAUGCUACGGCAAGUAGGAGUGUUUUUAGGUGCUGGCACCAGCAAGAUGGAAAGUUUGUGCACAAGUUGUUAAACUGCCUUCUUCACACAUCACCGGUAUUUCAGUCUCUUCUAUCAUGACAAAUGGUUGUGAUUUUGUGUGGGAAGUAUGAUAAUGACUUUCUCUCAAUUUUCAUGUGCUUAUUUAAAUUUUCUUAUAAAUAAAAAGUACAGAGUUAAAGAAUAUUAGGUUUUGUUGGCAAAAACAGUGUUUCAGUGAGUGUUGGCCGAGACAUAAAGUUGCUCUAUAAUAAAGCAUCAGUUCAGUAACCGUGGAACCCUUAUACAUCUCCCUGAUUUUACAUGUCCCCACAUUUUUCACUUUUUCCCCUGUUCGAGUAAUGCUGAUAUAGUAUAAAUUUAAAUCUGUUAACUGAUUGUGUAUUUUACAGUUUUUGCUUGAAAAGUAAAAAUAAAAAAAAUUAAGGGGUUAUUACUUUGGUACCUACGUUGUCUUAGGGACGAAUUCCCUACCACGUAAGAAAGCAUUUAAACUGAAUGUAGGUGUACGCAAUGUAAAUUUUGUUCAGUCAAAUGCAUAUGCUUGCUGCUGACUAUUGCAGGUCUGCAUUUUCACGCUUCCUGUAGUCUUUCUGUAUUGUACCGUCCUGCGGGACCAAUUAUAAUUGCCUGGCAGAGGGACUACGGUUUCAGAUGGCAGAAAGAACUAUUGGUGAGAUCUUCGAUACCCGCAGAUAAAUAUCGUAUUGCACGUGUUUGUGUAGUUUCUUAGUAGGGCAGUUCUGGUUCAGCCAAUCAUUCACUGGGUAUUUGCGUUUCAACCAGGCGUAUUUUGGAAUUGUGUGCUUUCUGUAUUUUUUAUCUUAAUGUAUGGGUUUACAAAUUUAUGUAUUUUGCUCUUGCACAAAUCACAGCAUGGUAGAUGGUGGGGGUUGUAACCCGGUACAAUAAUGACCAUCAUUAUCCUUGUAUCAUUCAUUGUACAUUGAAAUGGUCUGUAGUUUUGUUAACACGGUACUCUCAGAUUCAAAAAUUGAUACUCUCUAUACUAUAGAAAUCAGACAUGUAUAAAGUAUAAAUAAAAUGAUCCUGAUCUUUAAGAUUAAUAAAAUUUGGGGUGAAUUUAAGUGUAGAUGAUGUAAUCAAAGAUGAACUUAAGGCAUGAUGGAGCUGUCGUGUUGGUAAUUCUUAAAAGUGGCUCUUUUGAGUACAUCUAGUCUCUGGGAGUUAAGUUCCAUAAUCUAGCACAAAAUUCCUUUGUCGAAAAGACAUAGUAACUUUGUGCAAUCUAGUGUUUGUUACCACUAUGUACCAGUGUUUCCUUCGCAAAAAUGCCAAGUGUCGGACUGCUGUGCUGUAGCAUAGAGUGUAUAGUUUGGGCCAAACUUGUCGCAAGCUGUGCUCCGCGGUCGAAGGAAAUGCUUGGCUUGUAACGGACUGGCAGAGCCAGAUAGUAAACGGAGCCCUACGAAACCAAAUAGUGCCGACUCUGCAGGGCCUAGUUAUACAACAGCUGUUUUUUUUAAAAUGGCAAUCAUCAUUAUGAUAUAUUAAUAAUUGGGUCAAUCCUUUAAAAAUUAUUUUUCAAAUACAAAAGAAAAUUUAGCGUGAUUUUCGGAUCAGCGGUAAUCCACUGUAUCUGCAGGCAGCUUUACGUACACAUGUAUACUGUUUCGCAACUCGUUCUGUUACUUUUUGAAUAGGAAUCGAAAGACAUUUGUCUCUGCUUACUGAUCACAUUUCAGAUAACACUGCGUGUUUUACUGCAUGUCAAUUUUUUUUUUUGUUUUUUCCACAUUUUACUGCUUGGCUUCAUCACUUGUUAAGCACUGCAUGGUGAGUGUAUUUUGAAAAGGUUUAGCACUCAACGAAAAAUGCCACUCCCAAGGAUAGUUUCUAACCUCCUUGGCCGCUCCUCACUUAUGCAUAUUCCCUUCCCCUUCUCCCCCUUUCAUCCUGCUUACCCCCCACGCUCCCGACCCUGACACUGACAGCUCUUAACGUUUAGCCCGCACUAUACCUGCACUCUUAACCAACUUUGUGAUAUUAUUCGGUGUCUACUAGUCUGCAGCAGUCCCAAGUAUACAUUUCCAGCAGACAUAUAGGUAGAGACAAGAUUUUAUGGUUUUCAUUUUUAGUUUAAUUUCGUUUUUAAAACAAAGAUUUUGGUUUUUAUUGUUUUUCAUUUUUAUAAAAGCUGUUGAGUAAUACUUACUCCACCGUAAAAUAUGCUGCAUUUUUAUGGUAAUAAUAAUGUUAGUAAUUUGGUUUAAAACAGAUUACAUUCAGAACAAUAAAAAUAAAUUAGGUAGCAUUUAUAGUUUAAAAUUGAUUAAAUAAGAGAUGGACGAUAAAACUAAUUAAAUUAAUUUAUCUGGUACAUGGACUUUGGUACGAGUUUUUGCACGGAAAUGACAUUCCCUGAAUGUCAAAACAUUAAAAGAUUUUUUUUUAUGAUUUUAAUUAAGUUUUGGUUAAAUGCUACUUAAUUCCAUGAUACAACUUGCAUUUUGAUGCUACAUGGUGCAUUAACUUGCGUUUCGAUGUUAUGCAGUGUUUUGACAGGCUUUUUGGAGUUAUUUCGGUUUUAUCGCAAUUCACCAUAUAAUCUUGUCCCUACGAAUAGGAUAUUAAAGUCACCCUUCUGAGUUAUCUCGUAGCUGUAUCUGUUUUUAACAUUCAAAGGUUUUUUUUUAUUCUGUUGUAAAUAAUGUGCGGUGAAUGUGAAAUGUCACAUUCUGAGCCUAUCCACCUGAGUAAUCCUUAAUGUUUUAAAAAUAUACAUAGUUGGAAAUGCCAGUGUUUGAUAAUUACUCGAGAAAAAAAAAGUGUCAAAGAAAUGGAUAUGAUGACAACCUACAAUAGGCUUGACAAGUUAUCGAGACAAAGAAGUAUCCGAGGUUUGGCUUAGUCUAUGAUUUAAGCAGAAACUUUACAUGGCUCAAGUAUGAAAUUUUCGCGAGCAUGAUGGUAUCAGGGGACUGAUGCAGUCAGCUAAUGCUAAGUGUGAAUGCUAGUGCAGGCAGCUGUCUACUUUUGAACGAGUUUUCGGGAAAAUGAGAAUGAAAGAUGUGCUUUAUGUGGGAGUGGAACCAUCUAUGGACGUAUGUAUAAUACAGUAGAACCCUGUAUAAGGUUCCUGUUUGUUAACAUAAGCGAACGACAAAAAUUCACGGUCCAUUACAGUUCAUGUUUUUAUUUUUUCUGCUAAUAACAUCGUAAAAAUAAACUUUUAAAGGGGAAAAAUUAUUUUUUAUUUUAGCAUACAGAAUGCCACCAAAUUUAGUUGUAGCUGCUUAUGUGUAUUAAAACAGCAUAUUAAUUGCAAGAAUGAUUUGUAAAAAAAAAACUAUAAAUUAUGCUCCAAUAGGGGCAAAUACCUAUCUUUAAGCAGCACCUAAUUCAUUUUGGUUGUUCUUACAUGAUAGGUAUCAGAAAUUCAGUGAAGGUAUGUUAAUGGUUCCAGGAAAUAAAAUAGUAUUUAUAAAUAAAUAGUAAUAAUAAUAAUGUUCAAAAUUCCUUAUGUGAUGUCUUGUCUGUAAAAUUAUAAAUAAUAAUAAACUAUUAUUUAAUCUUGGAAGAGAGACUCUGGAAAUAUUGUUUCUGCUUAUAAGAUUUUUCUGCAUAUAACAUUAUUUUUACCUUACUUUUCAUUAUCAUAGGUUUCUACGAUGAACACUAGGAUUGAACUUCUGAAAUUUUUUUCUGUUCGCAAUGACAUUUAUUUAUCGCAUUUACAUAACCUGUAAAGCUGUGUGGCCAUGGGAGGGCUCGUUGCUGAAACCCUGGUCUCAAGUCUGCGAGCUCCGAGUUGGUACCCAAGUGUUUCAAGCCCACUGUAGUCUUGGGGGCCCAGUCGCCUUAAUGCCGGUUCAGAAACUACCCACGGGAUUCAGUGAUGUUGCAACAUGCAACCAAUGCAAGAAAAUCACAGUUGUUAUAAGGCACGAAAUUCGCAACUUAAAAUUGUAAAAAACAGUAGAAAACAAAUUUUUUGUACCUCAGGCUUCUUUUGAUAAUUUCACUUUUGUUUUGAAAACAUAUGAAACUGUCAUUUUUGACAUAAAAGUGUUAUUUUCUUCCACUGUGCAAAGUUUAACAAGUGAAAACGUGAUGUAUGUAAUAAAAUAAUCAUUGUUGUCUUCCAUGCACAUAACAUCUACAUCUUAAAGAUGUUGUCGGAAAAAAAUCACUUCAAAUAUGAAAGGCAGAAAACGCAAGCCAAAAUUGCAGAUGAUUUUGUUUCGUUUUGGCAUCUUGCUUAGUUUUUAAACUGGUAUUUAAUAAAUUUUAUUUAUUAAAUUUUUGUAUCUGGCAUUUCUUGCACAGUUUAUAAACCUGGCCUAAACCUCAAUGCAUAACUGUGUGAUGUAAAAUCUAAUGAAUAAAAAAAAUAUAUUUACAGCAAAAUGAGAAAAAAAGUUUAUUUAACAUCCUAAUUAGAUAAAUGAUUAAAUUACAUAUUCAUUGAGCAGAAACCAUCUUUCAGUAGGAAAUGUUAUUGAAAGAAUUAUGCUCCAAGAACAACGUUUGAUACCUCUAUUUUUAGAAACUAUUUUUUUUAUUACUAACGUGAAGAUUUACAUACUUCAUUCUUGUCCCCCUCAAAUGUGUUUAAUCUUGAACUAAAAGACUCUAAAUUUUGUCUAAGAGGUUUUUUUUACCACUUGUAUACUCUCAUACACUUGUAUGCUCUCAAAAUACUUGAAUUAUUUACAGACCAGAUAUAAUUUUAAGUAUAUAUUCUUAUAUUUAUUAGAAUUUGAACUUUUUUAUAACUUAGCUUGACUAAAGUAAAAUAUGUGUUUCCAAAGCUUAGGUACUGUGUAUUGGCUGGUUGUGACAAUUUGGUUUGUUUGUUCAGUAAUCAUCUUUGAUUACUACUGCUCUGACUACAUAAAAUUUUCCAUAAAUCUCAACUUUGUUUAAGCAUUUAAAUAACUACUAAAUAAAUAUAUUAUAUAUAAUUAUUUAGAAUGUUUUAAAUUAUACAAACUAUGUUUAAGAAACUUCUGAUUUUAAAGUUGUUAUUUCUGAGAUGCAAGUUUUUCAUUCUAAACUGAUUUCUCCUAAUUAUUGUCCAUGUAAAGUUAGCUGCAAAAUAAAUACAGAAAUGUGAGUGACUUUUGCAGGACUUAGGCAUGAGUUAUCAUUGAGUGCAGUUUGUGUUUGUUAAAACUUAAGAUUAUGAUUAAGUAGCCCAAUUACCCCUUCUAGUUUAUUUGAAUUUAUUGAAGAAUUGCAUUUGGUAGUAGGAAGAAUGUUUAUGCUGUUUGAUUGUUUUUGUAGUAAUUUUGUGAUAGCUAAAUAAUUAUAUCUUAAUAAAGAUGGUUCUUUACAAUACUGUUUAAACUAUUUUUGUUUGCAGUUUAAUAUUUAUGUAGCAAAACUAUUACCACUAUACUAAAGUUUUGACAAUUUUAAAAGUUUUUUACAUAACAAUGGUUUGAAGGGAAAGGGUAAAAUACGUUGUAUUUAAUUACACUAUAAUAAAAAAUAUAUGCAUAUGUGCUGCCAUACUUGUAAUACAACCUUUUUGCGAAAUAAUUAUUUUUAAUGUUUUAUACUUCCAAUAUUGUACGAAUUUUCAUGCAUUGUGUUACAUUGUAUUAUCAUACAAAUGUUAUAAUUUUAUUCAUAUGUUGUUUGUAAACUUUUUUGUGAUGUCCAAAUUCAGGCAUUUUGAAGCUGUCAGGCUGUGUGUACGAGGUGUAUGUGUUCUCUCACGAAUGCUACAUACCGGAAACAGAUAAGAGGAUGUAUUUACAUUCGCUUUAUCUUAAAAUCUAUUAAUUAAGUGUUAACUGUUAAUAUCAGUAAUUUUGUAUAUAAUAAAUGUAUGCACACAAAAUACAAA